AUGAAGUUUGCGGUAUUGAAGGUAGGCCUGGCCAAACAGGGAUACCGCAAGGAGCAGGAUAUGCUUUUGAUUUUCAGAUAUGGAACUGCGGCUCCGAGUGACCUCAAUCAAGACUUUAGUAUCUCGUGAAUUGCUAACUCUUUUGCCUACUCGCGCGCCGGCUGUUUUUUACCCUGAUAAAGGCAGCAAUGCCGAAAAGUCCAUUUCAGAUCUUAUAUCAGCGUCGGUUUAGUUUUCCUUUUUUGUCUCGUUACUCUAAGAGCAUUUUCUCUGAACAAAGGUACAUGUCUAUAAUGGACGUACAUACUUGCUUAAUCGGCAAAAUCAUAACACAACGGUGGCGACGUGAUGUGUCGAAUAAAAUUGUGUUACGCUUUCGGGAGAGGUUCUAGACAACAAGCAUGGCAAAAGCCGCUUCGCUCUCCUCGCUUUUGGAACCCUGUCGACGAAUAGAGAAGCACAAGUGGCUAUUCUUACCAACACCAGCAUGACUUCUUUUUCUACAAAAACGCUCCACUAACUCACCCAUACAUCUGCAUCCUUGAACGAACAAAACUGUACUAACUAUUUAAGAGUUAAGUUCCGAUGUAGACUAAAACCGAUUAAAAUUAAAAUUUGCGAAGUCAGUUUAUUUUUUAAUUAUUUUUUGUUUUUGUUUCUUUCCAUUUAAUUCUGGGCGCGUGUGUAUCUUUUCCACCAAAGCCAUGAGACAGGUAAAAAAAGGGUAAAUAUUCAAUUUCUAAAUUAUGUUGUGCGAUAUUUUAUCUCAGCUUUAUGAAGCCUCAGAUGCUUAGUCUAGGAGAUGGAGAACACCUCCGGGGAGAACUAUGGUAAAGUAAUAAUGAGUAAACGCGUUUCUGGUUUUAUUCUUUAAAAUUUGUGUAGCCAAAGCUAAGCAUGUCUGUAUUUUGUUAAUUCCCACUUGCAGCAGCCUGCUGGAUAUGGGUUCUUUUGCCAUUAUUAUUAUGAGAAACGCGUGUAUCCUAGCUCAAAAACCAGUCCAUUUUGCAUAAUUAACUGAUUGUUUUAUCAUAUUCUUCGAAAUUAUUGAAACCUCGAUCUUAAAUAGAACAAAACAGCUUUCCGGCUGGCAAUUAGCAGGACUUUAGAGAAUAGAGCACCUGGCACAGAAAGUUAUCUGUUGCUAGAUUCCUACAGGAAAUAGGAAAUUAAAACUGCUUCUUGUUGAUACUUUCUGCUUUCUUACUCGUUUAUAUAUAAACAUUUUCCUGACAAGGUUCACCUGGAUAGUUGGAAAGAAACAGAAAAAGAAAGAAACCAAAGAUUGAAAUUGUGCUUACCCUAAAUAAAAGUAACAUAAUAUAAUAUUUCCACAACUUAAUUAGGUGAAGAAAUAAUACACAGUUACUGAAAGAAUGGAAAGAAACCUUUAGCAGUGGCAAAAAAUAGACUGCAAAACAGCUCGUAUUUUUGCUUCGGUUAAGAACGGGUGCACGGGCAGGCAAAAAAUGUCUGGAGUGAAGGUGAAAACGGACAGUGACACUGGGAGAGACCGAAAACUGUUACUUAGAUGAUGACCGUAUUAUAUGACUACUUUCUUUUACUAAGAACCGUGCAGCCACAUAAUCGUGUAAACAUCCUUCUCUCUUUCAGUGCUUGGAACAGUAGGUCAAAGAGAAUCUACAGAAAACCGUUUGAUUCGUCAAUUGCCUGCGGCAAGGCAAAGGAAAUAGUGUUUCAUACCUGCUUAAUUACAGAAGGAAGCGUUUUGAGCGUUUUCCGUGAUUUGAAGGAAGAAACUGUCCACUUGACUAUCAAUGGAUUUGAACAAAAGGUGUCAAUUGGCGGUUGUUGGCCUAAUUUUUGCUACGGAUACCUUCGCCUGAGUGCAAAUGGAAAAGGUAGCAAAAUUCGAGUAACGCUAGUUCCAGGCGAGUAA